CACCGCGAGACUUUUUGUGAAUUAUUUAUUCAUUAUUUUUGGUUGUUGUUGUCGGAUGAGAGACGCAGCGGAGCGUGGACAUGCCAAAGUCAAAGAGUUUCCAUCUGGACGACUUCAUUGCAGGAUGGAUUGGAGGAGCCUCCAGCGUAGUGGUGGGACAUCCGCUCGACACGGUCAAGACUCGACUCCAGGCAGGAAAAGGUUACAAGAACCUGACGCACUGCGUCCUCACCAUCUACAGGAAGGAAUCGGCCAUGGGCUUCUUUAAGGGUCUGUCCUUCCCGCUGGCCACCAUCACGGUCUACAACUCGGUCGUGUUCGGCUGCUUCAGCAAUGCUCAGAGACUCAUAAGCAAGUAUCGCCAUGGCGACGGGCGCCACCCCUGUGGGCUGCUGGACCUGACGGUGGCCAGCAUGGUGACGGGCCUGGUGUCGGUGGGUCUGGGAGCGCCGGUGGAUCUGGUCAAGAUCAGACUGCAGAUGCAGACUCAGAGUCUGCGGACAGAGAACGUACAGUGCUGGGCGGGAAACGUGUCGAGCGGUGGCGGCGGCGGAGACAUCGGCGUGCGCUCCGUCCACCUGCCCAGCCAGCAGGCCUACCGGGGGCCCAUCCACUGCAUCAGCAGCAUCCUGCAGACCGAGGGCGUCCAGGGUCUGUACCGGGGGGCCGGGGCCAUGGUUCUGAGAGACGUCCCCGGCUACACGCUUUACUUCAUCCCCUACACCAUCAUCUGCAACAUGCUGACCCCUGAACACAUAUCCAGCCCUCAUCCUUUCGCCAUCUGGCUGGCCGGAGGCCUCGCAGGGUCCAUCUCCUGGAUCACGGCCACGCCGGCCGACGUGCUGAAGAGUCGGAUGCAGGCGGACGCUCAGCUGCAGAGGAAGUACCGAGGCAUCCUGCACUGCAUCGUCCACAGCUACAACACGGAGGGAGCCCAGGUCUUUUUCCGCGGAGCGUCAGUCAACGCGAUCAGAGGCUUCCCAAUGAGCGCCACCAUGUUCCUCACCUACGAACUCUCUCUGCGCUUCUUCAGGAGUCUUUAAAGGUCUCAGACACUCUUCAGACUCAUCUGUUUGACAAAAGGAGCACAAAACAAAGGAGGGAGUCAAGACUGUGGACAAGAGCCUGGUGGGAGACACUUGAUGGACAUAGUAACUCAUAGUGAAUAUGACACACACACCCAGACGAGACCACCAGUGAAGGGGUGGGGCUCAGCGAUACCAUCACACAUUUAACAGAAAGAGAAAAGAAGACAGUCUGAUGUGGUUUCAACACAAAAUAUUCAUGUUUUGACCCACAUCAAGACGUUUUUUGACUCAGAAAUGAGAAUAAAGGGAAGAGCACUUUUAAAUCUCAGCAGGACGAAAUGUUUCUUCCUGUUCAGACUAAAGCUUUUAUUGCAGACUUCGUCACUUUCAAACCCGAGUCUUAAAUUCCAGGUUCGUUUCUUUAUUUGCAGACGACUUGUCUCUAAUUAGUUUUAAUUGAACUUAGUCUUUAUUAAUGAGCUUUUACCAUGAAAAUGUGAGGUAGUCAUGUUUACAGUGUUUGGGACUCGUGUUGGUUCAUCUCCUCCUGUAUAUACAUCCAUGUGUUUCUUACAUUAAGAAAAGUGAGUUUACAAGUUAUUUUAACUUCCGCUGGACAGAAUUUUCUCUCGGGAAGUUUGAAUGAAAACUUUUAAAGCUAACAAUGCACAAACAUUCUUCUUACCAGUUUUAUAUGCUGAAAAGGUUAAUUUUUCAAAAAAACUUACCCUUUUGGAGAUUAUAAAAUCACAUGUUGCCUUAUGAAAGAGUAUUUUUAAUUUUCAGAGUAAAAUGAGUGAGUCGUGUAAAAUGAAAUUUUUCUGAAAUGAAUCAUCUGUUCAUUAUGUGCAGUAUUUUAACAAAAAAGAAUGCUUAAAAAUUCAUCUGUGAUAUUUUCAGGCUGUGCUCCACAGUGUUUAAGCUCUUUAGCUUGUAAAAUAGUCGGUCUGCAGUAACAUACCUUCCAAGUUACAUCUGAUGAUUUGUAAAAGAUACAACUUACACCUUUAUGCAGACGAUACACAGCUUUUCUUUAGAGUAUUUUGAAAACUUUGUUUUCAUGCACAAAUAUCUUUGAUUAUGUGAAUGAUGAAAUUAAUAUAAAGAUAAUCAAAUUGUCGUCACAGCCUUUGAACAAGUGUUGCUGAAUACCAACAAAAUGUGCUUUUCCUAUCAAUUGAUGUGAAUUGUUAGAAAUUGAUCCACGUCUUCGGAUGUGUUUAACUUGUAUAAUGUUUAUUUCCAGCUUCAAACUGGAAAAAAAAUUGUUUGAAAAACAUCUUUGGAAGACCAAUGGAAGGAAUACGUUUUAGUAAAUUUAAGGUUGAAAAGCCUCCGAAGCUCAAAAGCUCAAAUAGGUAUAAGGUGAAAGAAUAUGAAGAUAAUUGAGAAACUUUCAUUUUUUUCAGUCAAACUGAAACAUGUAAAUGUGUGUUAUCUGCAUAAAAGUUUACAACUUUAAUUAAAGGUAUCAUAUAGCAUGGGACAGUUCAUUUAACUUUGGAAAGUUCAGUUCAAUGUUUUGUUUUGUUUUUUAAUAUGAAGUAAUCCUUUUUUUUUUUUUUCCAAAUUGUAUUGCAACAAUCCUUCUGCUCAUGUAAAUAGGUGUAAAUAUGUAAAGUGCCCUUCCAGAUCCUGGAGAGCCACCACAGUUUUAUUGUACAUAAAUAAAGCUUUAGAACA